GCGCGGAGGGCCCGACGGCGUGCUGCGUCGUUACUUUUGAAACGAGUGGCGGGGAUCUGGUGUGGGCGUCUCUGCUGUCGCUCUCUGCCGGGUGGAAGCUCACUGCGUCUGUAGGACUGGCCAUGGCGCUGCAGCUUUCCCGGGAGCAAGGCAUCACCCUGCGCGGGAGCGCCGAAAUCGUAGCUGAGUUCUUCUCAUUUGGCAUCAACAGCAUUUUGUAUCAGCGUGGCAUAUAUCCAUCUGAAACCUUUACUAGAGUGCAGAAAUAUGGACUCACCUUGCUUGUAACAACUGAUCCUGAGCUCAUAAAAUACCUAAAUAAUGUGGUGGAACAACUGAAAGAUUGGUUAUACAAGUGUUCAGUUCAGAAACUGGUGGUAGUCAUCUCAAAUAUUGAAAGUGGUGAGGUCCUUGAAAGGUGGCAAUUUGAUAUUGAGUGUGACAAGACUGCGAAAGAUGACAGUGCACCCAGAGAAAAGUCUCAGAAAGCUAUUCAAGAUGAAAUCCGUUCAGUGAUCAGACAGAUCACAGCUACGGUGACAUUUCUGCCACUGCUGGAAGUUUCUUGUUCAUUUGAUCUACUGAUUUAUACAGACAAAGAUUUGGUUGUUCCUGAAAAAUGGGAAGAGUCGGGACCACAGUUUAUUACCAAUUCUGAGGAAGUCCGUCUUCGUUCAUUUACUACUACAAUCCACAAAGUAAAUAGCAUGGUGGCCUACAAAAUUCCUGUCAAUGACUGAGGAUGAGAUAAGGACAGUGAUGGUACUUGUAAUUCUCAGAUAUGGUUUUCCUGAAACCAAGUCAACUAUAGUUGAUACAUUUUGUUUCAUUGGUUAAUUUUUAGGUGGGGAAAACUUCUAUUGAACUGUGCAUAAUUGUUCCAUUUUUUUGGUACCUGUAUGACUUUAUACAGGGUUGACAUAAAUUAUUGCACAUUGUUCAAAAGGGAACUUGCAGAUUACAUCAGCACUGUUAUGUCAAUUCCUUUGAAGGUGGUAACUGUAGAUGGAAAACUAUUGCUAUAAAGCUAAAUGCCUUUGGGUCAAGUACCUUGACUCAGAAUAUAGGUUACAGAGAUACUGCAAUAUACAAUACAACAAAAGAAGUCUCAAUAUUCACAGUCUUUAUUUAGAUCCUGAAAUUAUCUAAUGAUAAUCUGUAAGUAAUGAAAUAUUGUUCCUAUUGGGUCCUUUUGCCAUUUAUUUCAUUUGUAUAUUUUCCAUACUGACAACAUUUCCAAUUAUUUGAUUUUAAUUUAUAUAACUUGAACCUGCAAAGCUGUGUAUAUUGCCACUGUUUAAAUUCCCAUGAUACGGAACUCUUAAGAAGUUUAUGUUUUACAAAAUCAAGCUUUAAAUGAUGAUGUAAUAAAGUUAAAAUAUGUAUGUUUUAAA